AUGUCGUCGAAACCACCAUCCAGAGUGGUGUUCGUGGGGAAUAUUCCAUAUGGAUUGUCCGAGGAGCAAAUAACCGACAUCUUCAGCCGGGCAGGCAAAGUCCUCAACUUCCGUCUUGUCUAUGACCGGGAGACAGGGAAGCCUAAGGGGUUUGGCUUUGCAGAGUAUCCAGACAAUGACUCAGCAGCGUCAGCAGUCCGCAACUUGAACGACACGGAAAUCAUGGGCCGUAAACUGCGCGUGGAUUUUUCUAACGAAAAGCCGAGCACAAACGACCCCGACGACGGCCCUCCGGGUGGCGCAAACGGCUCCGGCGCACCCUCGUACCAACAACAACAACAACUACAACAACAACAAGAGGUCCCCUCGCUGCCCCCUCUUCCGCCGGGCAAGGACCUCCCCGCCGGCGUGUCGGCGACCGACGCCAUCUCGCGGACCCUGCGCACUCUCCCGCCCGCCCAGCUCCUCGACAUCCUGCAGCAAAUGAAGACCAUGUCCGGCGCCGACCCGGCCCGCGCCACCGAGCUCCUGACCCAGGCCCCGCAGCUCUCGUACGCCAUCUUCCAGGCCCUGUUGCUUAUGGACCUCGUCUCCCCGGACGCCAUCCACUCGGUCGUCGACCCUGGAGCCGCCGUCCCGCCCCCGGCGGCCGCCCCGGCCCACGUGCCGACUCCCUAUGGCGCACCGCCCGCCGGAGCCGCCGUCUACCAGCAGCAGCACCCCGUUGCCAACACCCCGCCCGUACCCGUGCCGUAUGCGCCGCCCGCCGCGCCGCCCGCCGCCACACCGACCCCCGCGCCGGCGGCCGCGCCUCAGGACACGGACGCUCUCAUGCAGCAGGUCCUCGCCCUGCCGCAGGCCACCAUCGACCAGCUUCCCGAGGCGGAGCGUGCGCAGAUAAUGGCCCUGCGAGCAAGCUUGAUGGGCCAGGCUAGGUAG